GGCGAGUUGAUGACGGUUAGGGGGGAUGGGGGCAGUAUGACCAUACGGAAUAGAAUGGGCCACCAUUAUUUUGAGCCUUUUAUUAGAUCUAUAUAGUUUAUUUUUACACUGGCUUGUCAUAAAUGUGUUCGAUUUGUAACCCUACAAAAAUCGUACCAGUAUGUAUUGAUUUUAUUAAGAUAUUCAUGAAAACAAAAUGGCUUCAAAAGUCUCAAAAUGUUAUUAGAUUCGCACUUUCUGAAUAAGGUUUUUAAAGCCUAUAAUGAAUUUUAUUGAUCUGUUGAUUUUACAAAUGCUUCUACAACUAUCAUACUACGUUGCCAUGAAUAAUUGUGAUACGAAUUAUUUGAUUUAAUCGUACAAAAUAGCAUUUUUACCGAGAAUGAUUUUUAGGGGUUGAAUGGGCAUACCUGACUGGGGCAAUAUGAGCAUGUAUCUUCAUUGACCAUAACCUACAAUCGUCGCUGUCAAAAUAUAAGUAAACAUUGCCGGUCGCUCACACGAAUAACAUGGUGCGUAAUUUUUUACGUAAAUCCAACCGGAAACAGUGGCCACAAAGCAGCUUGACUGCAGCCAUCGAAGCGGUAAAUAGUGGUACGUCUGUGCGGCGCGCUUCCUUACUACAUCGUAUCCCCCGCGAAACUUUAAAACGUUAUUUGCGUCGCGAGAAUCCGUUGGAGCUUCAGCACCUUGGAACUUUUUCGAAUGUUUUUUCGGUGCAGCAAGAAGAUGAGCUUGUGAACUACAUUCUGGAUAUGGAGCAAAGAUUCUACGGAAUUACUGUGCGAGAAAUUCGCCAACUGGCAUUCGAUCUGGCGGAAAAGAAUGGUAUCCGUCACCGAUUCAAUAGAGAGAAGCAGAUGGCUGGCAUCGAUUGGUUGGCUGGUUUUCGCAAGCGCCACCCACAAGUUUCACUUCGAACACCUGAAGCGACCUCCGCUGCCCGUGCUCAAGGGUUUAAUCGCGUUGCUGUUGGGAGAUUUUACGAUCUGCUGGACGAAAUCGUACAAACGAAAAACAUCCGGUCAAACAGGAUUUAUAACGUUGACGAGACAUCGGUUUUUCCGGUUCAGAGUAAGAAGUCCAAGAUUCUUGCGAAGUGUGGAAAAAAGCAGGUGGGCUGCAUCACUUCGGCUGAACGUGGAGUACUUAGUACGGCAUGCAUGUACAUGUCAGCCACAAGCCAUUUCAUACCGCCACUCAUUAUUUUCCCGAGAGUUAGGAUGACCCAGCAGCUGAAGCAAGGUGCUCCACCCGGAACAUUGUUUUCGUGUAAUCCCAGCGGUUGGAUGACAGCAAAGGAUUUCAACCGAUGGUUCGAGCAUUUCAUUCAACAAGUGCACCCAACAGAAACGAAUCCAGUGCUGCUUAUCCUUGAUGGCCACUCCAGUGAUACAAGGAAUCUGGAAUUCGUCGACAGAGCAAGAGAAUGUCACGUCAUUGUACUGAGCCUUCCACCGCAUUGUUCCCACAAGUUGCAGCCACUGGAUGUGAGUUUCAUGGGACCAUUCAAAACUCACUUCUCCCAGGCCAUAGUAGAUUGGCUCAAGAAUAAACCAGGAGAGGUUGUAACUCUCAAUGAAAUAAGCACUCUGUUGGGAAAAGCGUACCUUCGUGCUGCAUCUGUUUCAGUAGCAGUAAACGGAUUUCGUAAAACCGGAAUUGCCCUUUUCAAUCGGUUUGUGUUUAGCGAUGCAGAUUUCGCUCCUGCCGAAGUAACGGACAUACCCGUCGUGCAACCGACCAUCCCUAAUUAUCCGGAUUCAGAAAACGAGGGUCCAUUCUUGGGAUUUGACAUCGACUUGUUGGAACCACUUGCUUUUAUCCCCACUAAUGAAUCAACAUUAACGAAGGUAUCCAAUGAGGUUGAUUCUGAUCACGAAACACCUUAUCCGUCAUCAAAUUUGCAACCGCUGUCUUUAGAAUCGCUAGACAGAACGGUCACAUCACAUCCGACACCACCGGUAGUGCCAACUCCAUCGACACACUCUAGCAGCUUCAAGAUUUCACCUGCUACAGUAAGACCAUUGCCAAAAUCCAAUCGCAGGAAGAUUGCAUCUACUCGAAAAUCGGAAAAAUCAUCCAUCAUUACUUCAAGUCCCCACAGGAGUGCCCUCAAAGUUUUGCAAGCAAACAAGGACAUCAAGAACCUCAAAAAAAUGAAACGCAUUUCCAAAACGCAAGCCGAAAAGGAAAGAAAACGAGUGAGCGCUAAGGAGAAUUUCCCGCAGGACACUUUGUGCUCAUACUGUGGCGAUCAGUUCAGUGCAUCUACUGCCGGAGAUGGGUGGAACCAAUGUCAUCGUUGCCAUUCGUGGGUACACAACUGUACAGAUGUCAUGUGUUCUUGCAAUGAUUGAACGAAAAAGCUAGCACCGUCGUGACUAGUUGUCCUGUUUCAGAAAACCAAGUUCUUUUUGUUUAUUUCAAUGAUAUUCUGAAGUGUAAUAAAUGAAUUCGUUAUCAAAUAUAUCUUUCAGUAACUAAAAUA